AUGGGGGAGGCGGCUGUCCGAUCCGCCGGGUUCCGGGGAGAGAGACCGUGGCCGCCGCUGGGAAGCGGGGAAAGCAGAGGGCGCAAACCCGGCGCUUUGCGCUCAGGCGCCGAACGGCCCAGCGCCCCCUCCGGGCACGUGGAGCGCAGCCCGGCGCAGCCCCGGGGGACCAGAUACCCCCUCCUCACGCCCGGCGCAGCUGCUCCUGCUCAGCCCGGACAGCUCCCUUUAGGACGGCAGGUUCCCUCGCGCGCUCUCAUCGCGCGCCUGUACCAGUUCCGAGAUUUCCUAAAUUUACCAACUUCGCCUGGCUACUACCCGGGGUCUUGCCCCCCACACCCCUGCGAGGGUGCCAGGUCGGCCGGCACGACAACCGCACAGCAGGAGGGCCGCGCCCCCAGACUUGGCUGGAGCGGCGACGCGCACCCCUGCGGCGCCCCGCUGGGCGAUCCAGCUGGGUUUGGGCGAGCUCGGAGAAGGGGUGUAUUCGCCGCUGCCUCCCGGACAAGCCUUACGCACGGGCACUCGCGCCGCACCCGCCCGGCGGGACUGCAAGCGGCUCCCAGGCCCGCUGCCCGAGCCGAGGCCGGCUCCGAGCGGCCCAGCGCCCGCCCGCGCCCCGCAGCCCCCCGCCCGCCGCCCCGGCAGGGCCCUGCCCGCACCUCGCCAGCCCAGCGGGCGCCCCCUGCCCUCCCCUCCCGGGCCGGGCUCCCCAGCCCUCCGGCUCCCGGCCGCGCUGGCUUCGGAAAGAGAGAAAGAACAGAAAGCAAAACUUCCUGGCGGCCGCCGGUCAUCAGCUGCACAUUCUGCAAAUGCCACCGAGUAAAAAUAAACCGGCUGCCGCUCCGCCCGGCCGGCUCACCCCGGGCGCACGACUCGGCCCCUCGCCCCGGGAGCUCCGUGACUGUGGUGCCGGCCCGAUCCCUCAUUCCCGCGCACCCCCUGACAAGCCCACUUCCCGACACGGCCGGCUACCGUGCGCUCCUUCACCGUGAAGCCCGCCGGGGUGACCCGGCGCCCAGCUAUUUCCUCUUUGGUGUCCCCAGCGCCCCUACAAGUCACUCUUCUUUCUGCCCUCCACAAAGUGCCUAUUUCGACCCUGCGCCCUUGGGUUCAGGGUUCCGCCCCAAGCACGAAGCCCCCAGCUGCACAGCCCCCGGAGCGCAGCGCUCCGCCCGCCCACCGCCCGCCUGCCAGCCCACAGCCCCAAGUUCCCGGCGCAACUUCGCUCCCCGCGCACAGCCACCGCCGAAACUCCCCGGAACUUUUCCUCAGCCCCCGGCGAGCUCCGGCCAGCAGCCGGGCAGCUGUGAGCCGCGCACCCCUGGGCACCCUGCGCCUAGGCGAACGCCGCCUACCUCUGCCGGCAGCACGCACACCCCGUUGUCGGGGCCCAAGAGCCGGCUGGAAGAGAUCCCCACCCACCCCUUCCCCUGGGCAAAGUCUUGCAAAGUCACCCCGGGCGCCCCUCACCCCUGCCUCCUUGUGUGCCCUGGAGAGCGCAUGACCCCCCCCCUGCAGUUGGGGGGCGAUAUGGAAGGACCGAUUACCCGGUAUUGGCGAGCACCUGCCCUCCCCCCCCCCAGCCCACAGCGCGGGGGGCGCCCCCACCCUAUUCGCAAAGUCCUGCACUGGCGCCUGGCACCUCCCCCUCUGUUCCCCUACCCUGCCGCCCCCUCAGUUGGAGUAAGUGACCCCCAGAAGCAGCAGCCUUCCCCUUCCCCGGAGUCGCGCGCCGGGCAUUCCCCUGGCCACCGCGGGCGACGCGCCGCCCCGCGCCCGGGUGCCAGUCCUCCGUGCCCCCUGCCUCCCGCGCGGCCGGAGUUGGGUGGCAGCCGCCGCUCGCAGGCUGGCUGGUUCUCUCGCUCGCUCGCUCGCUCGCCCGCUCCGGGUUGCAAGCGGCAGCCCUGGGGGUGGGGGGGCUGCAACGGGACAGGGGGCGAGGCGGGGAGGCGCCCCGGGAGGCCCGCGGAGCCGGGGGCGGUGGGGGGGCCGCGGCGGAGGGAGCGCCGAGUCUCUUACCUGCACUUGGGGCGGCUUUGGUCUCCGCUCUCGCCGGCUGUGAUUAUGGAAUUCUCCGCGGCCGAGCGGGCGAGUGGGUGGCAUGCAAAACCCGGGCCGGAUCGUGGGGCCCGGCUCCGCUCCACCCUCACACCCCCAGACCUUCCCUCCCGGAUUCUUCCCACCCACCGCCCCGCCGGGCUCGGCGUGCGCGCGCCUCGGAUGCGGCCUUCGAGCAGCGUUUGA